GAAGGCGCAGCUGGAAUUACCCACAAUUCUCGCCUGCCCCUGCAAAGAGGUGGAGGGUUAGGGUUAGUUUCCCAUCCUCAGGCGGCGGUAGCUGAAGGGAAAGCAGGGCGGCAGUGGGGCUUUGUUAUCCCCCCAGACCUGGGGGUGCGAAAAAGAGGGAAGGCAGCAGGAAGAGGGAAGAGAAAGGCAGAGAUGAGGAGAGAGAGAGAGGGUGGGUCUCUCGCUUGCUCUUUUUCCUGGCAAAGAGCAACCUCUUUCCUCUGCACCUCCUCCAGAGUCCAGCAUUUAGCCUUCUUUGCUGCAGGUUCGGUAGUAGUAAACCACUCUCUCCUUAGUGCAUCACAACACGCCCCUCCUAUUCCCCCACCGCCCCAAUAGCCAACGCCAGGCGCCGCCUCCUCGUCCUUCCCUGGCGGUGCCUUGAAUAUGGCACCUUACAGCUGCUGGUUUUUGCUGCUGACUCAAGGCUGCGAGGAAAUGGGGGCCAGGCAGAAAGAGGGGCUGAAGCGAAGCUGCUGCUGCUGCGCCUCCGACUCUUGAGCAGGCGCCUUUGGGCUUCUCUCUCUCUCUCCCCUUUGGACGAGUGACUUGUCAACACAAACAUGCCAGCGCCCAGCAGCCAGAGGAGGAGCAGGCGCCGGCGGAGGGGGAAUUAAGGCUGGUGGUGCUGCUGCUGCUGAGGGGCAGGGUGGAGGAAAGCGAGCCGCUCAUAGAGUGCAGAAGGACGGCGAGGAGAAGAGCAUCGCUUCAAGUCGCAGGGGAAGGUGGCCACGCCAGGUGACAGUCCCCACUACCAGGAGGGGCUGGAUUCGGCAAAGAUUGGGUGACUGGGGCAGCCUCGCUCUUCCUCCCACUCCUGCCCUCAGCAUCAGUCACAGACGCUGCUAGAGGGAGGGGCUGCUUGGUGCAUGGAGGAGAGAAAGGCGGGCAGCAGGACUCCUCCAGAGUGCGGUGCCUGGAAAAUCCCCCACCUCUUCUUUUCCCCUCAAGUGCCCGGCUGCGGACUGCGCUGCUGGUGAUCUCAGCGUGACACAUCUUCUGUGUGAAGAAGACCAAAAUGACCAGCUCCGCCCGGGAACACCUCCUUUUUGUGCGGCGGCGCAAUCCCCAGCUACGAUACACUCUGAGUCCGGAGAACCUUCAGAGUCUGGCAUCUCAGGGCACUGUGCCUGAGAACAUGAAUUUGCAGCGUGCCAACAGUGACACUGAUCUAGUGACAUCUGACAGUCGCUCUAGCUUGACAGCAAGCAUGUAUGAAUACACCUUAGGGCAAUCUCAGAACCUCAUCAUUUUCUGGGAUAUUAAAGAAGAAGUGGAUCCCACGGACUGGAUAGGACUUUAUCACAUAGAUGAGAAUUCACCAGCAAAUUUCUGGGAUUCCAAGAACCGUGGUGUGACUGGAACACAGAAAGGGCAAAUUGUGUGGCGAAUUGAACCUGGCCCCUAUUUUAUGGAACCUGAAAUAAAGAUCUGUUUUAAAUACUACCAUGGUAUAAGUGGAGCCUUGAGAGCAACGACUCCAUGUAUCACUGUGAAAAACCCUGCUGUGAUAAUGGGGGCAGAAGGCACUGAAGGUGCUUCAGCAAGCCAACACUGUCGGAAAUUGGUUAGCUUUACACUGUCAGAUAUUAGGGCAGUUGGACUUAAAAAAGGGAUGUUCUUCAAUCCGGAUCCUUACUUAAAAAUGUCCAUUCUGCCUGGAAAGAAGAGCACAUUCCCUACAUUUGCCCACCAUGGUCAGGAAAGACGGUCUACUAUCAUCAGUAACACAACUAAUCCUAUUUGGCAUAGAGAAAAAUAUUCUUUUGUAGCACUUCUAACGGAUGUCCUGGAAAUCGAAAUCAAAGAUAAAUUUGCAAAGAGUCGGCCUAUCAUCAAGCGCUUUCUUGGAAAGCUAACCAUACCAGUACAAAGACUGUUGGAAAGACAUGCAAUAGGAGAUCAAAUUCUCAGCUAUAACCUUGGCAGAAGGCUUCCAGCUGACCACGUAAGUGGCUAUCUCCAGUUCAAAGUAGAGAUUACAUCUUCUAUUCAUGAAGAUGCUUCACCAGAAACAGUGGGAACCCUGCUGGGAGUAAACUCUGUAAAUGGAGACUUGGGGAGCCCUUCUGAUGAUGAGGAUGUACCCGCAGGUCAUCAUGAUACACCUCCAGUUUGCUCAAAUGGCCCAGUCCUUGAGGAAUCAGUUUGCGAUGCAAUCCCAAGGCAUUCUCUGAGGACUAGUACAACUCUGGAAACAGAUCAGGAUGAUUUGACAUCUGGAGCUUCAAGGGCAUCACCUCCCAGAGGCCGCCAGGACUCACUGAAUGACUACCUGGAUGCAAUAGAACAAAACAGUCAUUCUAGACCUGGAACUUCUGCUUGCAAUGAGCGUGGUGUUGGAGCAUCCCCCAAAUUAAGGAGCAGUUUCCCUACUGAUACCAGACUUAAUGCUAUGCUUCACAUUGACUCUGAUGAAGAGGAGCAUGAAUACCACCAAGGUUUGGGGUUCCAAGCAUCAUUGGAGGAUGAUGGUGGGUUAGUCAUGCUAAAUGGUUCUUCAAGGAAUGCUGAAAGCAGUUUCUUAAAUGGUUCGUCAAGUCAGAUAACACAAAGCCAGGAUUUAGAGGAAAAUGGGAGAGCACCAGAUGUAGAUAUUUCCUUGCAAACUUCUGAUAGCCAGCAGGAGACUGAUAGCCCGCAGGGGCCUCCAGAAUCAGAGUUGACAGGAAGAGAAGCUGAAGGUCAUCAAGAUUCUCAGGAUGAUGGGCCAGUUGAUCCAGUUGGUAAUGAAAUUUGUUUGCCAGAGGAAGCAGAGCAGCCAGCCACUGGUGCGGAUUCUGGAGCUUCUGGGUGUGCUCCUGAAGACAGAAGAGUCGUUAGGGAAGCUGAAUUGAUUGACCAGGGAUCAGAACCUUCUCAGGUUUCAUCGGAAACUGAGCAGAGUGACCCUGCUCGUACAGAAAGUGUUAGUGAAUCGAGUACUAGGCCAGAAGGAGAAAGUGAUGUAGAAGGGGCAGAUGGAUCAUGCAAUGAAGGUGCAACUCCGCGACUCUCCUCCAUUGAUACACGGUGCUCUUCCUUUGAAAGCACCCGAUUUUCUGAGACUCCAGCCUUUUCUUCCCAGGAGGAGGAAGAGGGAGCUUGUGCUGCAGAUCCUGCCAACAGUGAGACUGCCACAGAAGCCCAGGACAUUUUGUGCACUCAGGCCUCUUUGCCAGCAAUACAGAUACCAAGCACUCUAGAGGAGGGGCAGUUGAAUGAAACAGGUGGGAUACAUGAUGGUGAUGAGGCUGAAGAAAUCUGGCAAAGGAGGCAGAGUCUUCAGGCUGCAGCUGCAAGCAGCCAUUCUCAAGAAGAGGCUGGAGGAGCUCAGGCGGCUUGUGAGGGAGCUGCUUCACAGGUUGAUGGAGCUAGUGAAGGUUCCCAAGCCAAUGGUCAUCAAGCUCUGAGAACCCUUCCCUCAGUUCGUCAGGACGUUAGUCGCUAUCAGAGAGUGGAUGAGGCCCUGCCACCAAAUUGGGAAGCACGCAUUGACAGUCAUGGGAGGAUAUUCUAUGUGGACCAUGUAAACAGAACAACAACAUGGCAGCGGCCCACAGCUCCUCCAGCCUCACAGAUUCUCCAGCGUUCCAACUCAAUACAGCAAAUGGAGCAGCUGAAUCGUCGGUAUCAAAGUAUUCGCCGCACAAUGACUAAUGAAAGACCAGAAGAGCACCCAAAUGCCAUGGAUGGAGCUGGAGAGGAUGCUGACUUCCAUAACCCUAAUGCAGAUUUCCGAAGAGAGAAUGUGCUGCCUCAUUCUACCUCCAGAUCCAGGCUUACUUUACUUCUACAAUCUCCCCCUGUGAAAUUCCUUAUCAGCCCUGAGUUUUUCACAGUGCUGCAUUCUAACCCUAGUGCCUACCGCAUGUUUACAAACAAUACGUGUCUGAAGCACAUGAUCACCAAAGUCCGACGGGAUACCCACCAUUUUGAGCGCUACCAGCAUAACCGAGAUUUGGUGGGCUUUCUGAAUAUGUUUGCCAACAAACAGCUGGAGUUGCCAAGGGGAUGGGAAAUGAAGCAUGAUCAUCAGGGAAAGGCUUUUUUCGUUGACCACAAUUCCCGCACUACCACAUUCAUCGACCCACGACUUCCUUUGCAGAGUAGCCGGCCAACCAGCGCAUUGGUCCACCGGCAGCACUUGACGCGACAGCGCAGCCACAGUGCUGGUGAGGUAGGAGAGGACUCUCGUCAUUCAGGACCUCCUGUUUUGCCAAGGCCAUCAAGCACAUUCAAUACAGUCAGCAGGGCUCAAUAUCAGGACAUGGUUCCUGUGGCUUACAAUGACAAGAUUGUUGCAUUUCUGCGACAGCCCAAUAUCUUUGAAAUUCUACAGGAAAGACAGCCAGAUCUUACCAGGAAUCAUUCACUCAGGGAGAAGAUCCAGUUUAUUCGGACUGAAGGAACCCCAGGGCUGGUGCGCUUAUCUAGUGAUGCAGACCUUGUCAUGUUGCUAAGUUUAUUUGAAGAGGAAAUAAUGUCAUAUGUGCCACCACAUGCCUUACUUCAUCCCAGUUAUUGCCAGUCACCACGAGGCUCCCCAGUGUCCUCUCCGCAAAACUCUCCAGGUACUCAACGUGCUAAUGCCCGAGCUCCAGCUCCUUAUAAAAGAGAUUUUGAAGCUAAAUUGAGGAAUUUCUACAGGAAGCUGGAGACUAAAGGAUAUGGACAAGGCCCAGGGAAAUUGAAAUUAAUUAUCAGGAGAGACCAUUUGCUGGAAGAUGCUUUCAACCAAAUUAUGGGUUAUUCAAGAAAAGACCUGCAAAGAAAUAAGCUUUAUGUCACAUUUGUUGGAGAAGAAGGGCUGGACUACAGUGGACCUUCAAGGGAGUUCUUUUUCUUGGUGUCAAGGGAGCUCUUCAACCCAUAUUAUGGCUUAUUUGAAUAUUCAGCCAAUGAUACAUACACUGUACAAAUAAGUCCCAUGUCUGCUUUUGUGGACAAUCACCAUGAAUGGUUCAGGUUUAGUGGUCGAAUUCUUGGUCUUGCUCUGAUACAUCAGUAUUUGUUAGAUGCCUUCUUUACACGGCCAUUUUAUAAAGCCCUCCUCAGAAUACUAUGUGACCUGAGUGACUUGGAAUACCUUGAUGAGGAGUUCCACCAGAGUUUGCAGUGGAUGAAAGACAAUGAUAUACAUGAUAUUCUAGAUCUCACCUUCACAGUAAACGAAGAGGUCUUUGGACAGAUUACUGAACGAGAACUAAAGCCUGGAGGUGCUAACAUCCCAGUCACGGAGAAAAACAAGAAGGAAUAUAUAGAGAGAAUGGUGAAAUGGAGAAUUGAGAGAGGUGUUGUGCAGCAAACGGAGAGUCUAGUACGCGGUUUCUAUGAGGUUGUUGAUGCUAGGCUGGUGUCUGUAUUUGAUGCAAGGGAAUUGGAACUGGUUAUUGCUGGCACUGCAGAAAUUGAUUUAAGUGACUGGAGAAACAACACUGAGUACAGAGGAGGGUACCAUGACAAUCAUAUCGUAAUUCGAUGGUUCUGGGCUGCUGUAGAAAGAUUCAACAAUGAACAGCGUCUAAGACUGUUACAGUUUGUUACAGGCACUUCUAGUAUACCUUAUGAAGGAUUUGCUUCUCUGAGAGGAAGUAAUGGACCAAGAAGAUUCUGUGUAGAAAAAUGGGGGAAAAUCACUGCUCUGCCUAGAGCUCACACUUGUUUCAAUCGUCUCGACCUUCCACCUUACCCAUCAUUCUCCAUGCUCUAUGAGAAGCUGUUGACAGCUGUUGAGGAGACAAGCACAUUUGGACUUGAGUGAAAUGCAAACUGUAGUGCCCAUCUCCUUGGACCUCUUGUGGAUCCCUCCUCAAAGAAUACAUGGAUGUUUGUAUGGCAUUUCCUAUAGGAAAACUAUUUUACAAUGCAACUAGAGUAACGAGACUUCACGAAAGAGCAAGGCUAGAUUGCGGAGCCCUUACAAACUUAUUCAGCCUCACAAGUACUCCACGGGGUACUUGCAAGGGGUGUGGUGUGUAGGGGAAAACCAACAGUCCAGCAAUUGACGUUCCCCCCCUUCUGACCACCAAAUGUUCAACAUUUGGUAUGAUUUUAACUUUUUAAAAGAGGUGACAAGAAUUAAGCAGCAGCAUCAGGACCACUGCAAACUCUUCUGUGUCUCAAAAUUUGAUUUCACCAAAGUACUCAAAUGGAGUUUUACCAUGAAAUAUGAUGUUGGUUAGCUGACUGCUAAAUGAGUAGGAGGUCAAAUGAAAGCACUGGGUUUUAUUGUUUUAUUUUUUGAUUUGGUAGAAUUUAUUUCCCAAUGGUACACUACUUUAUGCCAUAUACAAUACAAUAGUAGAAUAUGCUAUACAGUACAUGCUAUACCUAAGACUACGAGUGCCUGCAUGGUGUGCACCAUAAAGAUCAAUUUUUCUGGGGCUUAACAAGAAUACGAAGGAGAGUCAGCAGCAGGAGACAGUGACUUGCCAGUUAGGUGACUUGUAUAAAUGUAUAUGCAAACAAUGUGCAACAAAAGAUGAACUAUUAUAAGAGAAUCUAACAGUGAUUGAUUUUAUGCUUUAUACUGCAUGAAGAGUGUUUUUAAAAAGGAAAAUAACUAGACUUUAUCACAGCAUAUCAGGAAAAAACUCUUACACAAUGACUUUUGUUUAUUUUUAUAGGUUCAUGAUAUUGAGUUCUUUAGAGUGUAAAUAAGAAACUAGCAAACAAAAUAUUCUCUUCGGUUCUUUUCACUUUUCCAUGCUUAAAUUAGAUAUUGUUCUUCUGUGUUUGAUUCUUUUAAGCACUCUGAAGGGGGGGGAAAUAUAUAUAUAUAUAUACCUUUUAUUUUUAUAAAAGUAAGAUAUUCCUGAACUAUUUUUUGCACUGAAUGUACCAAAGUCAAAGGGACAAUAUGAUCUGACUGACAGAAAACUGCAUCACACAUACAAAUCUAUAGGGAGGUAGCUGCUUUAAAGAACUGAGCUUUCUUCACAGUGCCAGACUGAGCACAUUAGGUAAUAAUUUUCUAAGUCUCACUACAUGUAAUAGUGGGUAAUAUGCCUUUAUUUCAAAUGCAUUUGAUUCAUUUUUUCAUUCAUCAACUAAAUUUAUGUAAUAGGGUUGAAAACAAUUUUUUUGUAUUUUCCCUGCAAUAUUUUUUUUUGUACAGCACUAUUAAAAGCACUACAAUGGAUUUGGAAAAUCAAGAUCGCCAGCACCUAAAAAGGACAAACCUUCAAUGACUCCACUCAUGUUUAGCAGUGAAUCAUCUCCAAGAUGAAAAGUGUUUGUAGUGUCUUUUUAAGCCUGCAUUUUCACUGAGUAGUUUUCUUAUCAAUGUUUAUUAAAAUGAAGUACUUUUAUAUUAUA